UGUUACUUUCUGACAUGUCUGGGAAAGCUUCCAGUGACAAGGAGCCUCGCAGAGAGGAGUUUUCCCAUAUUUUCGGAAGUAUUUUCUGUCUUUUUCUCAUUGUUGCGACGUGCAUUGAUUCAGCUAAAUUUGUGCUGAAUUUACUUUUUUGAAUUUACUGCGCUUGUCAAACUUUUCGAGGCUCAAUUUCUGACAGACUGAAAACCAGCUUUACUUCAUGGCAGUUGUUGUCAGUUCUUUAAAGGAUUAUAUGCAUUUUAAUAUAAGAACGAUGAGAUUAGAUGCUCUCGCACUGGGCAGAAGUAAUUGCCCCAUUGCUUUGAUUCAUUGACUCUCAUGGGAAUGUGGAAGCGCGAGCACUGAAUGUUCAAGAAAUGUUCCCUAAAUGCAUUUACAGCCUCCAAAAAUGAUGCUGAUGGUUCUACCAGACUUUAGCACUUUUUUGCGCUGAGCAUCAGAAUUCUAAACUGUUCCUAUUUCAAAAUAAAUCAAUCAAAUCUUAGCCAGAAUCUUAUGACACUUUACUGGAUUGGUUCUCUUUACUGGCGAAAGUGUUACUGAAGGUUUCAAACAUGAGGGGAAGUUACAUGCUUGGUUUCACAGUUUUGUGUCUGUUGACAUUGGCAGUUUACCUGUCAGAGAGUAGCCCGACCGAUAAACAAGCCAAACUCAGACUGAUGUCCAUAAAACGAGCAAGACUUAACAAAUCAAAACAGAGUCAGAUUAUUAGAACAGGAGUAGGUUCAUGGAUCAGUGACCGACGGCAGCAAAUGCAGGGAGACAUGGGCAUAAAUGUUACCAGGAACGGGCACUCCAGAAAGUUCUUGGCACAAAGAAGACCAGCGCAGGGUGGGUCUAGGAAUCCAAUCCAGCAAGAUGAUGGAACACCUGGAGCCAGGGCCAGAGUAUCUCGUACGCCAAGCAGUGCUGGUUCUCAGAAUUUAUUGGCCUCAUUUGCGGGAAAGAACCGCCUGCUGGUUAUUUCCGCACCCCAUGACUCUGAUGGCUACUACAGAUUGAUGAUGAGCCUUCUCAAACCAGAGGUUUACUGUGAGUUGGCAGAGCGCCAUGUGCAUCAGAUUGUGAUGUUUCACCAGGAAGGGGAGAUGGGUGGGAAAAUCCGACGCAUUACUAACGAAGGCAAAGUGAUGGAAGAGCCUUUAGAUACAACCCUUAUUCCCAGGCUCAUGAACUUUCUCAAAUUAGAGAAAGGAAAGUUUGGGAUGGUCCUUCUUAAAAAGACCCUACAGUUGGAGGAGCGCUACCCAUAUCCUGUCAGACUGGAGGCUGUGUAUGAAGUUAUUGACCAGUCGCCCAUGCGUAAAAUGGAGAAAGUCCGGCAAAAAGGCUUUGUACAGAAGUGUAAGGGGGCUGGGGUGGAGGGUCAGGUGGUUGAGGGAGUCCCCAGCAUCGGCCCCCAAGUUGAUCCACCAAUGGAUAGGAGACCGGGGAGAAAAGAGGUGCGGAAACCCAUCCGGAGACCGUCUCAGACGACAACUACAACUACACCAACUCCAGCGAGACCAACAACCACCACUACAACUACUACCAAAGCAACUACCACCACCACUUCAGUGCCCACAACUACAACAACCCGCUCCACCACCACAACAACAACACAGCCAACCACAACCACCACACAGGCCACCACCACUCAGAGGACCACCAGAGCUCAUACUACUCCGCAGUGGAUCCCAGCCCCCAAGACCACUACUGAGCCCUACUAUUACAACCGUAGGGACAGAUACCAGACCAAAAGCACCACCUCACCCACAACCGUUCCUGUUUAUUACACCAAGGCCAACACAGGAAAAUAUGGCACAGACAAAAAGGAAUAUGGUCACAAACACACCAAUGUCAUACCUACACAACACAAGCUUUCUAAAGUUAAGCCAUCCAAGAAAAAGAAUGGCAAUAAAGGAAAUAGUAAUGCUUAUAACGAUAAAUACAAUGUAGGUGAACCCACCAAUGGUUAUCCAGAAGAGAAGGAGGAAGAGGUAGUGCCCACCAAGAAAGGUAAGGGCAGGCAGGACAAGACAGAUAAAAAGAAGAAAAAGGACAAGACCGACAAAUUGUCAAAAAAGGACAAGGCGGAGAGGAGGGGAAAGGAUGGAAAAGGGGGAAAGAAAAAUGGAAAGAAAAUUUCAAAGAACCCUGAGAAAGAAGAGUAUCCGAAACCAACAAAGAGACCACCACCACCGCCACCACCACCACCACCACCUAAAGGAACUCUUGCAACCUUUUUGGACUAUUUUGAAAGCAAAAGGAGACUAAUUUUGAUUACCGCUCCAGCGGAAGAAAACAACAUGUAUGUUCAGCAGAGAGAUGAAUACCUGGAACAUGUGUGUGAGAUGGCCAUCAGGAAGAUCUCCAUUAUCACCAUCUUCGGCACCCUGACAAACAGCACCAUGAAGAUAGAUCAUUACCAACUUGAGAAUGACAAACCCAUGAAAGGUCUGAGACAGGAGGAUUUGGAGAACCACGAUCUUAUCACGGAACUGAGGAAAGAGUAUGGAAUGACCUACAAUGAUUUCUUUAUGGUCCUUACAGAUCUGGACAUGAAAGGGAAGCAUAACUAUGAAGUGCCAAUUGCAAUGAAGGCUGUGUUUGACCAUAUCGACACAUUUUUCUCACGUAUCAGAGAAAUGGAACAACAAAAACGUGAUGGAGUGAUGUGUAAGAAAGAAGACAAGCCAAGAUCAUUGGAGAACUUCCUUUCCCGAUUCCGUUGGAGACGGAGGUUGUUUGUCAUAUCUGCGCCAGAUGAUGAAGAAUGGGCCUAUCAGCAACAGCUCUAUGCACUGACCAGCCAGGCAUGCAAUCUAGGUCUUCGCCAUGUGUCAAUACUGAAGCUGGUGGGGACAGAGCUGGCAGACAUGGGUGGAGUGUUGGAGCUUUACCCCAUCAAUGGGACUGCAACUGUGGAGCGUGAGGGAAUAUCUGCAACUCUAGUGAGGGACAUCAGAAACUAUUUCCAGAUCAGCCCUGAGUACUUCUCCAUGCUGCUGGUGGGGAAAGAUGGAAAUGUCAAGUCCUGGUACCCAUCCCCCAUGUGGUCUAUGGCCAUCAUCUACGAUCUGAUCGACUCUAUGCAGCUCCGCAGACAGGAAAUGGCCAUCCAGCAGUCUCUAGGCAUGCGCUGUCCCGAAGAUGAGUACGGUGGCUAUGGUUACCACCACGGUUACCAUGAGGGUUACCAGGAUGGCUAUCAUCAGGGUUAUUAGGGCCCUGGUGAUAUUAGGGCUAACCUGUGAACCCUGCAGAAGGUUUUACAGUUUCCAUAAAACAGUUUCAGGGUAAGAGAUAACUCUAAAACUUCCUUUUAACUAGUUUUACAAUAAUCAUAUACAGCUGUCCUUGUUAAAAUAUACCUCUCCUCUGCUAUAAGUCUAAGGUCUCUUUUACAUCUAUGGACAAAAUCUUUUGUAGAUAAAAGAAGUUAACAUAACUUUUGUAUUUAUUGGAUGUUUUCUCUAUACAAAGUGAUUGUUUUUAAAGGUCACAUCCUGCUUUUUCUUGUUGAAACCAUGGUUUGGAUUUUAUUCCUUUAUUGUAAAGAGCACUGUCGCAAUAUGGUUUAUGUCUUAUUUAUAAACUUAUAAGUUGUGCUAAAAUUUCAGUAAAGAUAUAUUAUUAUCAUGCCUUUGUGUUUUGGACACAAUAUGUUCCAAAUAUUGAAAGUCUUCAUACAAAUUGUAUUCUCAGCUAAACUAUUGUAUAAUACAGCUGGAAUUUUAGUGCAAUGUGAUCCCCAAUUGUAUGUUUCUCCUAAAGAUGCCCUUUUUUCAUUUUUGAAGGCACUUACAGCAUUAAAAAAAAUAAAAAUCUAACAUUUACUAAAGAACAUCAAGAUAAACUGUUGCAAUAGCACAAUAUUUUCUUUACUUUAUCCCCCUCUGCUGGUCAGUAAUAUUUUGACAGUUGCCACAAAUUUAUUAUUACAGAUGAAAUGUGUAAUUUUUCUGCUGUUUUCAACUAGGUUCCUAGAACUUCCCUUCUAUUCCUGUGGUCAAACAAACUGAUAAUCCCACCCCAAACCAUUGGUUGAGCCAAUGUUUCUGCAUCAGCUUGGUCAGAAUAAACAGAGCAACCUACAAUUGGCUUACAUAUAGUAGACUCUGCAUACUAAGAUGCGAUUAGAUAAAUAUUUGGACCCGCUUUAUAUAAGGUGGCCUUAACUACUAUGUACUUAAUCAUUUGAUACAAUUUACUUAUGUACAUACAUGUUGUUGCAUUGAAAUUACAUUUAAAGUACUUUAAUUACAUUUGUAGUUACACUGUUAACAUUACCCCUAACCCAACCCUUACCCCAAAACCUAACUCUAACCCCUAAUCCUAACCCUAACCCUACCCAUACUCAAAACCUACCUGUACCUCAACCUCAGUAGCAGCAAAUGUGGGCAUUUUGCCGAACAACAUGUAGUUACACAGUAAAUACAUAGUCUUGUAUGUAUUUAAUGUUAGUACAUAGUAGUUAAGGCCACCUAAUAUAAAGUGUGACCAAAUAUUUUAACACUAGAAAAAUUGUAUUCUACCUUUUAUACACAAUUAUUG